AGGAGGACAGUUCGAGUUUCCUCCUAAUACUGUCCUAGUGAGUGCUGUGUAUGCAGUAUCACUCUCAAAGCCUCUCCUGAAACGACUCAAGUUAGAGAUACAGCACUGCGUUGAUUUAACAGGACAACCAGAUCUUGCACAAUACUUAAAGUUUGCUAUAGCUCCCAUGAGCACACCCAGUCUUCCUUACCGAUUCUCAAUAGUUGAGGGAGGAGAGUUUAGCUCUAAUAGUGGGUAUGGAUCCAUUCAACGUAAUAAGUUCUGUUUGGUUUGUAUUCUGGGGGAAGACUCAACUAAUGGAGAAAAUGAGGGUCAGGAGGAGGAACAAGAUGAGGGAGAAGGAGAGGGUAGUGACAGUGAUGUUGAUACCAGCAGUACUGGACUAGGGUCUAGUGGAGCAUGUAAAGAGUCUACUACUAAAGAGACUAACUUCCCAACCAAUACAGUGUCUGUUGCUGGCACUACUACUACACCAAACACUGAUCAUGCUAACAAAGCACAGUCCACUGGUGUAAAGAAGGCUGUAACAUAUGCUGGUUUGGUUUAUUAUGAAGAAGAUGGUGUAGAGGAUCUGGCGACAUUCACUGCAGCUAAGAAUUUGGAAGCACUCAUUCAUUCUAUUGAGCGGAAACACUCUCAAGCUAGGACUGGACCAGAUAUUUCCUUUAGCUUUAAGUUUCCUUAUGAUUAUGUUGAAUUAAACUUCACUUCACCUCAAAAGAAACCAUUCACUGGAUGGACACUCACUCCUCACACUGAUCCUUGUAGAUUGUAUCAAGAGGCUAUUGAUAAAUUUGGUGACAAAGAACAAUGUUAUCCUUCACGUUGUCUCAUAUCAGUUUAUGGAUCACCUGAUGCCGUCCCUUUUCUUAAUUACUUCAUACCACUGGAAGGUGUGGCUCAUCCAGUUUCAUUAAACAUUCAUAGAGCACGAAGAAAUCUCACUGUUCCUGUUCCUCCUUCAACAUAUCCUACUACCUCCUCCUCCUCUUCUAAUACAAUUACUGAAGCUACUGCAUUAUCCACUAGAGGAGCUAAUGCACCAGUUACUGCUGAUGUUAAGAAAGUUAAGAAAGUCAUUAAUGAUGCCAUUGUAUCUCAUUAUGAUGAUCUCACUUCUCUACCUAAGGAUGCUGUCUCAGAUCUUGCCAAUAAGUUAUAUGCAGUUCAUCUCAUUAGUGAAAAAGUUAGAGAUACCUGCUCAAUGGAACGAUUUAUUAUGGAGUUUAAGGCUAGUCUUAGUUUUAAAAGGAAGUUGCCUCAAGUGGAGGAGCACUGUCAAAAGUUCUUAGAUUCAUUCAUUGCUGUAAGAGGCAGUUGUGCUGAUGCAGCAAUAGCUUUACAUGAGGACUGGAUUGAAGCUAUUAGAAAUGAACUGGAAUUUGAUUUUAAAAUUAAAUGUGAAGUAUAGAUUUACAUGUCUUUUAUAAUGCUUUUUAAAUCAUUCAUCGCCCAAAUUUUAAGCUGACUUUGUAUUUUGUAUAAUCUCUUCAA